CACGACACUGACACCCAGGCCUGCCCCUUGUGAUGUCAAGUCUGUGAGACAUGAAACUGUGUAGCUGGCAGGCACUGCAAGUUGCUGAGCGGUGAGGCACUGGCAGUCAUGUCACAGUUGCAGAGGCAUGCUCGACACCCUUUGAAGAACUCCAUUUGUGCUGAAAGGACUGUGUGCUCAAAAGAGGGGAUCCCAGCUUCAGUGCACUUUCAUUGUGUGGAGGGAGAGGAGUCCCCUUCAUUGAGAUCAACAUACUGUAGUGAGAAGGAGGUCUGUGACUUGGUCCCUUUGUCUGGCAAACCUGAGGUGUACGGGCUGGAACCUGUACAUGUCAAGGAGGAGACUCCUGAGCUGUCAACUGCUAAAAUCAAAGAAGAAGUCUUUGAUUUGGAUCCAGGACAUGUACGAGUUUCAGAGCUGGACUCUAUCCAUAUUAAGAAAGAAGUUUGUGAUCUAGAAUCUCUCUAUAUAAAAGAUGGAGUCCUGGAGCGGUUGCCAAUGAGCUGUGAAGAAAGAGUUCACUCUAUUCAAACCACAAAGCCUAGAUCAGAUGCCUGCAAAAUGACGGAGAGAAAGAGAGAGAGGAAAUUUGCAGAAGAAGAAAUCAAUAUCCUAGUGUCUGAAGUGACGCGGAAUGAACACCAGUUGUUUGGGAGGGGCAGAAUUGGACUGACCCAACAGGAGAGGGAUCGUAUCUGGGAGGCCAUUUCUCACAAAAUGGAGGCUAUCACUAAAGUGCCACGAACAGUUAAGCAGCUUAAGAGGAGAUGGGAUGACCUCAAGCGACGGCAGCAAGAGAAGCUGGCCUUCCUAAAACGCAGCCUGUCGGAGGAUUCCAGUGGGGAAGACUGGCCCUCAGUUCGAAGACACAGGAGAGAAACUGGCCUAAUUCUAGUAGAAGGCAAGGAAGGAGUUGCUGUUGGUUUUCCUUAUCCUGCCGUCCCAGAGCAUGUUAUUGAAGGGCCAUCUCGACCACCUCCAACACCCCCUACAAUCUCUCCAGAAGACUGGGAAAUACGCAGCCCUCCUGAGCCUUCCGAGGACACAUCAGGAGAAGACGGUGGCAGAGGACUUCCAUGUCCCAGUGCAAGGACCUCAUUGACACUAUUUGAACGAUGCUUACUGGAUGCUCAUAUCCAGCAGACCCAGGUCCUGAACAGAGUUUUCCAGGAACUUGUUGAAGCUGAAAAUCGUGUGGCAAGCAGUAUGGAGCGCAUAAGUGAGCAGCUGCAGGGCUUCCACCACCAGAUGGGCACUAUGGUGCAAACCCUGUCAAUUAUAAAAGAGGACAUCCACGCUGUGCGUGCUGGUCUGGGCCAAAAUACAGUCCAACAGUUCACCACAAGACCAUCGGGAUCCAGUGGGCAAUAAGCCUGCUGGAGUUGGGGUGGGGGAAUAGAUCUUUCAUUUAAGAAGUUUUUUAUAUUACCUUAUUAUAAUACAUUUGAAAAUGUGUAUUUAUUAUAUUAUUUUGAAAGAUGGGAAGUUUGUAUAUUUUUGUUUGAUUU